AUGCAAUUGGUCUUCAAGACAUUGGUUUCCUUGGCUGCUUUGGCUUCAUACGUAUCUGCAAUGCCGCUUGCUAAGCGUGCACCUGCCAACGUCUACUCAAAGUGCAAGGAAUCUGGCACCUUUGCCCUUACAUUUGAUGAUGGCCCAUACAAAUUCACGCCACAAUUACUGAAGCUCCUUGAUGAUAACGAUGUCAAGGCUACCUUCUUCAUCAACGGCAAUAACUACGCCAACGUCGAAACGGAUGAGGUCAAUGGCCAAUCAUAUGAAGACAUUCUUAAGCAAGCGAGCGAUGCUGGCCACCAAAUUGGAAGCCACACCUAUCAGCACAAGAAUAUUAAAGGCCUUGGCCGCAGCCAGAUUGAGGAACAAAUGAACAAAAAUUCUGACGUGAUCUAUAAUGCUAUUGGCAAGAGACCUGCUUUCAUGCGCCCUCCUGAAGGUGCUUACGAUGAUAAUGCGCUUGAGGUCCUUGGAGACCUUGGUUAUCGGGGUGUCAUCAUGUGGGAUAUCGAUUCGCAAGAUUGGGCCACUCACAAUUUGGUGGAAGAAAAGAAAGAAUACAACGAGGUCUUGAAGAAUGGAGCAACCGGCCAUAUUUCUUUGCAGCAUGAGGUCUAUGAGCAAACCGUGAACGAGCUUGUUCCCUGGGUCAUCAAUGAACUCAAGGGCAAGGUCAAAUUCGUCACCGUUGCCGAAUGCCUUGGCAUGGAGCCUUAUCUAUAA